AUGGAUCCUAACAACUGGGAGAACAGUAUUGACUGGGACGAAUACCUCCCAGAGGCACAGAUUAUUCAGUCAAUGGACGAUAUUGAUCUCCAGGUUGAACACACGGACGAUAACCGCCGUAUUUUCCGCCUCGAGAACUUCAUCGUUUAUGAUACAAAGACAAAACAGCUUGCCACUUUUGACAUUUCGAACGUCGAGCAAAUGAGUAUUAUCGGCAAAGCUAUCCCAAUAUUUCCCGAUAUCAACGACGAUGAUGGUGGGAGGAGCGAGUAUGGGGAGGGCGCGAGCGACGAUUCCGAUACCGCGCGCAGGCGGGCGCGUCCGGAUGAAGAGCCCCCAUAUGAAAUAGACCUUCAACUCUCUACUAUACAAAAGGCGGAUUAUACCUACUUGGACGUAUCUGCGGCAUGCUGCGAUGGUAUAUACGUCCUCACGAACUACGCUUGGUAUUUGCUGCAGCGACCAUCCAAAAUCUACGCCUCUCUAUAUGAUCAACCGUUUCGCGAGUUCCGUCUCGUCUUGACUAUUCUACGGCGAGCCUACGAAGACCCCGAGGAGAGAUUAUCCGAGUUUCUCCCCAAAUUUCGACGACAUGCCACACGUAUCGACAGAAAAUAUACCAAAGCCACCAAUUGGGGGUAUCGUGAGCUACAUCAGAUGGACUUACAGCAAUGCAGCACGAGCAUUGCGCAUAACAUUCAAGAUUUUAUUCAGAAUCUAUCCAACGAGCUUGAAAGUACCGAUGACGCUGUGCAACGCGACCUGAUUCGGGUUGUUCACGACAGGUUGACACAUAGUCGAAUUGUGGACAAAGUGUUGGCCGGCAAUCUCGCAACUAUUCGCCGACGAGACGGUGACCUCGAACCUUUUAUGGACCCCUCCCCCCCUCUAAGCUCCCCCCCUCGAUCUGCCAUCGCUGCUACUGCUACCGGAAAGGAAGUGAUCGAAAUAGAAGAUUCGAGUGACGAGGAGAUGGAUGAUCUAGGUGCCCGGACGGCUCGCAAGGCUAAAGUCGGACGACAAACAUGCACGACCCCGAUUGUCGAGCGUGCUGCUCGGAAGGUUUUCUCCCACCCGCUCAAUCUGAUUGGCGAACAACUCCCCGAGGUGACCUGGCGAGAAUCGAGAGCCAGGGGCAUGGAGGUGACUGGCAACACAAAACUCACGCGAGGUCAAUGUGUGCUUGUUCCUGCAGGAAUAGACAAACAAGAACCACAUGAAGACUGGGCGUUCAACCAGAACAAAACAAAGUCGAUCAACGAUGUUGCGAACAAGUUUGCUCAGAUUAUUGACGCAACGAGUGAUAAUCUUCACGUGCGUUGGUUUGACCAUAGCUCCAAAACAUCCUUGCUUGCUGCCUUGGAAAGACCAUUAGAGCUAUUCCUGUCCCAGCGCUGUGAUGACAUUCGACGUGUGCAUGUUAAGUGUAUUAUCGAUGUUCGAUGGCUUGGACCGGACCAAGGUGUACCAGAUUAUGAGGAAGGAUAUUACGUUCGAUUCAUCCGUACAUUGGAUAGUUCAUUUACUUGGGCCAAGCCAGACGACAUCCAACUCGACCCUUCGACCCAAUGCGGGACGUGCGACUUGGCCAAGGACCGACAAACUCGAUUUGACAGCUCAAGUGGGACACUCACUCUUCAAGGACUUGAUAUCCAUCGCGGGGAUUUCAUUGUAACCCAGCCAAUACCAACCUCUCCCUGGUUCCCGAACAGCUCGAUCCCACUUGAUAACCGUAGAGCAUAUCCCGGUCAAAUUUUUCAGGUCAUAAGAGCCAUACGCUCGGAUGGUCAUGGAAGAGACUGCAUAGUUGGGCUAGUCCUACAGCCAUUUGAGCGCGUGAGCGAACUUCGGCGCCAUGGUUUCCUAGAUGAGGAUCAUGAUGCAUGUCCUGGCCGCCCGGCGAACGAUGAGAGACGCCUUUGCCUCAUGGAUUCGUGGACGAGUAUACUCGAGUGGGAGACUCUGAAAGAAUAUCCCAUGCGUAAAUGCUAUCUUCGACAUCCCGACUCGUUUGCUUCGCACCAAGAUAUGAAUUCUUGGAUUUCCCAGAGCCCGCUUCACUUCCUAGUUGACCUUCGUGCUAUGGCUACUGAGGAGGGCGCCACACCCGAUCACCGUUUCCCGCAAGACCCACUCCUCCAUUCUACCCAACAUCUUCAGCUUCAGGAGUUCCAAAGUCUCGCAAAGCCAUGCCGGAAGUGCCCAGAAGAACUAGGCAACUCUCGAGUCACCCGAAUGAGAAUGCUUGAUAUGUUUUCUGGGGCUGGUGGACUGAGUCAAGGCCUUGUCUUGUCAGGCGUGUGCGAGCCCAAGUAUGCGAUUGAUCACGACGCAGCGGCACUCGAAACUUACAAGCAGAAUUUCCCUGGGGUCAGUGCCAUUCACCAAGAUGUGAAUGUGGCACUAUCGGAUACGCUCGUGGCGGCAGUUGCCGGACAUGAUCGUGCGCCCACUCCGAGUGAUAGCGACAGCGAGGACUCCACUCUCCCGGGCCGAUACGAUGUCGACUUUAUUUGCGCGGGCCCGCCAUGCCAGAGUUUCUCUGGCGCCAACCGAUUCAGAAAGGAUACCGACCCUCGUACAACAAUGAUUAUUGCGGUUAUGGCUGCCGUCGACCAUUAUCGACCCAAAUACUUUCUCGUGGCAAGUCUGUUUCGUUUAAUUUUCAAAGACUACCAAUUUAUUCCGUCCAAAAGGAAAAUGUGCCGAACGCUCUUACGAACAGGAUACUCGGCCCCUCGGCAAGAGGGGAUCCUCAGGUUCAUAACCCGAGCUGCCCUCGAUCUUGGCUAUGCUAUUCGAGUUGGUAUUCUGCAGGCCUCUGAGCACGGAGCACCACAGCAUCGACGAAGGGCGUUCAUUAUGGGUGCUCGUCAUGGACACACACUCCCAAAUUUUCCUCUCCCAAGCUACUGCGUUCCUAAACCCGAGACCGGACUGCGCCUCCCGAGCUCUCGCUAUGGUGACCCUACUCACCAGAAAGAUGGCAAUGUGCCAAUUGUUGGAAACGGGAUCCAUCGACGAGUCACCAUGUGGGACGCAAUCAGCGAUCUCGCUCCAUUUGAAUGGGUCAAUCCGUACUUUGCUAUACCCGAGACCGAGGCCUCGCGAGCAGAGGACCGAAGGCGACGGACCAGAGGCGAAACCCGCAUUCCGGUUUAUGUUGCCGUCAAGGACGAUCGGCAGGCUGUGGGUAUAGGGGCGGGAGGGCCCGUUCCGUAUCGAGGCGAUUCGCCCUUUACAUCUUACCAGCAAGAGGCGAGGGGGAGCGAGACCACGGUAUCCGAACAUUACACUUCGUCAUUCAAGUCGCCUCUUUUCGUUGAGCGCGUUGUCAAUAUUCCGUUAUCUGCCAAAGCCGAUCAUCGCGCUCUUCCCGAGGUCCUGAAGAGGGGAGAUUUCCUUUCGAACGUGUUCGGCAGUGGGGGCGCUAGCGGUUACUACCAAGGCGCAUUCGGGAGAUAUGAUAAAAAGGCACCGUUUGCGACUAUACUUACUUCGCUCCGACCUGCUAAAAAGAACGGGUUCUGCAUUCAUCCUGAUCAAAAACGCAUGCUCACCAUGCGCGAACUCGCACGCGCACAAGGAUUUCCCGACCACUUCCGGUUCCACGGGACUGUUGAACAAGUGAACCGCCAGAUCGGCAAUGCCGUCGUUAUCCAAGUCUCACGCGCAAUCGGACUCGAAAUCAAAAAGGCAAUCCUCAAAGACGGGGCCAUUUAA